GCUCGUGCAACGUGGAUUUGUAGAAGGUAUUUAAAAUCUGAUGCUUGCUUUUGAGCAGUGCUUCCCCUGUCCGAACAUCGAAGCUCUUUCCCACAGAAAGCGCCGUUUUUCUUUUCAUCAGCUCUCUCUUGCGUUUUGGCGAUAAAGCCGUGACUUGAACGCUUCUCUUCGUCGGGAAAAAGAGGAAAACAAUUGGCACAGAUGAAGCAACACGCGCGUGAGCGGGCGUGGAAGGCCGCGCCGCUGCCGGCGUCCUUCCACGCCGCCCUCGAGUCCGGCAACUGGCAGCGCGCCCUUCACCUCUACCAACGCCACCCUUACCACACGCCCCCGGCCGACACCUUUGACCUGUUGAAGUCGAUCAUGCACUACACUGGGGUCGGCGUUGAGGACGUGAAGGCGCGCUUCAACGAGAAGGUGCGCCUCUCCGCCGCCCUGCAGCGGACCAAAGCGGAGGACGUGGAGUGGUCCCUCUUUUGGGAGGCGCUAAACAAAGGCGACGGGGCCACCAUCAGUGCCGCCUUCAGGGGCGCUCGUGUGACGACGCCGGUGGCGCAGGUGAGCAUGGCGGAGGCGUGUGCGGUGCUGCUGCAGGCCGCUGGGGCUGAGUGGGAGGAAAAGCUUGUCAACAGCGUCCCUUUUGUCACUGUGACGCGCUGCAACCUCCUUGAGAUUGCCUUGCUGCAGAAGCGGCCGGAUGUGGCGGUGGAGAUGCUGCGCAAUACGCGGAUGUCGCGGGCGGAGCUGAUCGCGCUGUGGCCCCUUAUAUCGCAAUGCACGUGGGAGCAAGUGCUGGACAUGAUCUCCGCCUGCCCCAAGAAGGCUGUGCCCUAUCACGAGGCUUUACCGUUUAUUCUCAAGCAGGGCUGCAGUCUGCAGAAGCUGUCGGAGCACUUGGAACAGGCCCGCGUCCUGGGCGACGCGGACGUCGUUGCCCCGCUGCUGUCGUACGCCGUGGACGUGGGGGAUUGGUCCUACGUGGACCGCUGCGUGGGUCAUUUGGUGGACAUCGGCAAAAUCACGGCGUCCGCCCGCGACGCUUUUGACCACCUGUGUAACCUGCACGGUGCGCAGCAGGUGUGCCGCCGCUUAGCGGAGCACCACGUCGAACUUGCCGACAUGACUAUCGAAGACUUGGAGUCGCUCAUGUUCUGA